AUGAUGCCCCUUCUGACUUUUAUGUUCCUGCUCCUGCAGUAUUCCAGUUACGUUCGCUCCUUCGACCACUCUUACUGUGCCUCAAAGACAAAACCCAGUGUAUACAAGGAUGGAGAUAUGGUGGUUGCUGCAUUCUUACCUCUCUUUACUAUUGUCUUUGAUUCCGUGACUGAUAAUCCAAGCAAUGAGACGUACUAUAUUCAGUUAAAUUUAAAGAACUACCAGAUUGUUCUGGCGAUGGUUUUUGCCAUUGAGGAGAUCAACAGGAACCCCCAUCUUUUGCCCAAUGUGUCUCUGGGAUAUGAUAUCUAUAAUGUCCUGUUCAAUGAAUGGUGGACAUUAGACAGAUGCAUUACAUGGAUGUCAGGGCCCAAGAAAUAUGUGCCUAACUACACAUGUAGGAAAGAAAUGAACUCGGUUGCAGUACUCACAGGAGUGUCAUGGAUAAUAUCUGCCCAUAUAGGGACACUGCUGGAACUCUACAAAUAUCCACAGCUAACCAUUGGGCAUUUUGAUCCUAACCUAAACAAUCAUGAGCAGUUUCCUGACCUUUAUCAAAUGGCCUCCAAGGACAUGUCUCUGGCCCGCGGCAUUGUCUCCCUGUUGAAUUACUUCCAUUGGAAUUGGGUGGGGUUGAUCAUGUCUGAACAAAUAGGUGUACAGACACUCUCAGACUUGAGGGCAGAAAUGGACAGAAACAGAAUAUGUGUGGCUUUUGUGGAAAUGAUUCCAGUCAGCAAAGUAUCCUAUUCACCGAACAGCCAGCUAAAUCCUAUACCAGUUCUGACAUCAUCGGCAAAUGUGGUCAUUGCCUAUGGUGACAGUGAUUUUCUCAGAGGCUUCCUGUUUUAUUUAAGACAAACUUUGGUUACAAGGAAAGUCUGGAUCAUGAACUCGGAGUGGGAUGGUAUCAUCCGUUCAAAGCAUUUCAUGGUACACUCAUUCCAUGGGAGCCUCAUUUUCUCUCAUCACCACAAAGAAAUCUCUGGCUUCAGAGAUUUUAUCCAAACGGUUCAUCCUUCCAAAUACCCAGAAGAUUUUUACCUUACAAAGGUUUGGUUCAAUUUUUUUAACUGCUCAUUUGCUGAUGACUGUAAUACACUGGAGAACUGUCUGCCUAAUGCUUCCUUGCACGAAUCACCUGGGAGCUCUUUUGAUAUGGUCAUGACUGAGUACGCUUACAAUAUGUACAAUGCUGUGUAUGCUGUGGCCCACAGCCUUCAUGAAAUGCUUCUUCAUCAAGUAGAAGCAAAGCCAAUAAGAAAGGCAAAAGGGCUGGUAUUUUCAGCCUGGAAGAUGCACCCUUUUCUGAAGAAGAUGCAGUUUACUAAUCCUGCUGGAGACAAAGUGAAUUUGGAUGAGAGGAUAAAAUUGGAUGCGGAGUAUGACAUUCUCAACUAUUGGAACUUUCCAGAAGGUCUUGGACUUAAGGUGAAAGUUGGGCAGUUUUCCCCAUAUGGCCCAUUUGAUCAACAAUUAUCUCUAUCUGAGGACAUGAUUGAAUGGGCCACAGGCUUCACAGAGACUCCCAAGUCAGUAUGCAGUGAAAGUUGUGGUCCUGGAUUCAGAAAAUCCCUCCCGGAAGGAAAAAUGGCUUGUUGUUUUGAGUGCAUUCCAUGCCCAGAGAAUCACAUUUCCAAUGAGACAGGUGUGGAUCAAUGCGUACAGUGUCUGGAUCAUCAAUACGCCAACACAGAGCAGAAUCACUGCCUCCAGAAAUCUAUGACCUUCCUGGAUUAUGACGAUCCCAUGGGGAUAGGUCUGUCCUGCAUGGCCUUGUGCCUCUCUGCACUGUCAACACUAGUUCUCGGGAUCUUCCUGAAGCGGCAGGACACGCCCAUCGUGAAGGCAAAUAACCACACUCUUAGCUACAUCCUGCUCGUCACGCUCAACUUCUGUUUUCUCUGUUCUUUUCUCUUCAUUGGCCAUCCCAACACAGCCACCUGCAUCCUACAGCAGACUACAUUUGGAGUAGUGUUCACCAUUGCUGUUUCCACUGUCUUAGCCAAAACUAUUACUGUGGUUCUGGCCUUCCAAGUCACCGCUCCCGGAAAAAGAACCAGGUGGUUGUUGGUAACGCGGGCACCGAACUUCAUUGUUCCCAUCUGCACCUUGAUCCAAAUCAUCUUGUGUGGGAUCUGGCUGGGAACAUCUCCCCCCUUCAUUGACAUAGAUGCACAGUCUGAACAUGAGCACGUCAUCAUCAUGUGCAACAAGGGCUCGGUCACUGCCUUCUACUGUGUGCUGGGAUACCUGGGGGCUCUGGCUCUGGGUAGUUUCACCAUGGCUUUCUUGGCCAGGAACCUGCCUGACACCUUCAAUGAAGCCAAGCUCCUGACAUUCAGCAUGCUGGUCUUCUGCAGCGUCUGGGCUACCUUCCUCCCUGUCUACCACAGCACCAAGGGCAAAGCUAUGGUGGCUGUGGAGGUCUUCUCCAUCUUGGUCUCCAGUGCAGGGCUUCUAGGCUGUAUCUUUGCCCCCAAGUGCUACAUCAUUUUCUUAAGACCACAAAGGAACUCCAUCCGGGGUCUCAAGGACAAAAUACAGUAUAGGUACAAGGCUUAA